AUGCGGCCAAAAGGCAGCGACAGCCGCCGGAUUGUGACCCUCCAGCCUCAGGGGCUGUGGGAUCAGUGUCCCCUGCAGUGGAGGCCAGAGCAGUUCAUGACCCCACCACGCGGGGCAGCUGUGGCCACACCCACCACGGGCUGGCACCUGCCUCAUGGAGAUGCCCAGGUCCAUGGCUAUCACCGCCGGCCCCUGUCCCCCAAGAUGGCCUGCCUGGGCCGUUUCAGCCCUCUCACUGGGGAGCUGGGCAGAUCAAGCACUGCCUGCAUGCAUAGCGACCCCCAGCGGAGGCCAAACCCCAAACCCCCUCAGCCCCUCACAGUCCGAGCAAUCGGGAGCGCAGGCGACCUGCAGGGGGCAGUGUUGGGCCAGCCUGAGACGCCCGCGGGCGGUCCGCACCGCAUCGAGGGUCCAGCCCGGCCCCUGCCCCCCGGACCCCUGUGCCUGGCCCAGCCCCUCGUUUGUGGAGGACAGGCCCACCCACUACACAGGGGCCAGCAGGCAGGGCCCAGGCCCAGGGAAGGCGGGGAGCUGACCGACACCAUCGCCACCGAGGGUCUGAGCAAGCCCAGGGGGUGCCCUGUCCUGUCCUCCUUCCUCAUGCCCUGCUUCCCGUCUGUCCACCCCCCAUGUGCCCACUCCCGAGUGGGGCCGCUGACAGGCCCAGCCGGCUGCAGGGCUGGGACGGGGGCGGAGCAGCUGGAUCGUCUUCGCCAGGACAGGGCAUCAGUGAGGGCCUGUCCUGGCAGGUGCCAGUGUGGGCAGAAGCUGGGGGGGCCCAGGGCUGGGUCCCCAACAGCUCCAACGGGUAGCAGGGGUGCUCGGGGCCGCGAACUCUGGGUAGACCCCUGUCCAGACCCCUACUCACUGCUCCCCAGCCAUCAGCAGGCGUGUGAUCCCGAGAUCCAACGACUGCUCCACACGCUCAGCCGUUGGUUCUUUAGUUCACUAGCACCUUCCCGGUUCCACGCGCUCUUCCCGGCCCUGGGGCCAGGGCUGCAAGUGAGUCCUCCCACCGGGAUCCAGCCCCACGCCACGAGCCGGGGCCACAGGCAGGUCCUCCUGCCCCGAGGAAAGGGGUGCCUCUCGCACGAGCUCCACUCCGGGCAGGCAUCAAGAAACCAGAAACACACGUGCAGCCAACUCAGGGUCCCCACGUUCCUGCAUCCGGCAUCCAGUCCUCGGGUGGCUCACCACAGAGCUGAGCCAGGACGGGACCCCGACGGCAGGAUCCUUGAGCCACCCAUCCUCACCAGCCCGCCCCACCGGGGCCCUGCCUCCCGGCCAGCAUCUAGAGGACCCAAGGAGGAGUCAACGCCUCCGCCUUCACAGUACAGGCCUCAGGGGGCAGGAGGGGGCUUCUGCUCACCGCCCAAGAGCAGAGAGCCAGGAGCAGCGUCCAGGCCCGGCCACCCCACGCUGCCCGAGAAGCCUAGGCCUCCGCGUCAGGCCGGCCACUCCCCCCUCCUCUCCGUGAGGGCACCGCUGUGGGCCGGCCUGGGGGUCCGGGGACUUCCUAGAGGAGCAGACGGCCAGACGGGGGAGCCGAGGGAGGACACAGUGGGCAGCAGAGACCGGGCGCCCGGCGGUGCCAGGGCCGGCAAGAAGUGCCGGGGGCUCUCCCCGCGGGAUGCUGGCCAGGCCUCCCCGCGCUUCUGGGAACCCCCUCCCCGCAGGCUCGGGGAGCAGGAAUGCGCCCUCGCCCCGGCCCAGGCUUGUCUGGCCCCCCAGCGCCCCACCGGAGGCCCGACACACCCUCCCCGGCCAGGGACAGCCUGCUUCCUGGAGGAAGGCCCCUCGACCCACCAGGCUGACAGGAUGGCCGGCAGGCCGGGUCCUGCCACCAGCCUGCGCGCAGAGGCCUCGCUGCCCUGCGGCUGCAGUUCUCAGAGGAGCACCCCCACCCCAAGUGCUGACCCCGCAACUUCACUUUCCGGGGAGCCUGGGGUGGGGGGCGGAGGCUUCUCAGCAGGUGCCGGCCAGGACGGUGACCCCCGGGGCCACGCGAGACGGGGGCAGGGCCGCAGGGACCCGCAGGGAGGGGCGGCAGCCGCAAGGCAGGGACACGCCCAGCAGCGGCUGGCCAAGGCCUGGGGUGGUCAGGACGUGGCCGAGGGCACCGAUGGGCAGCCGGAGGCCCUGGAGGAGAUGGUGGGAGGAGGGUGCGAGGGGCAGCCCUGUGCCUCUGGGGCGCUGCUGACGGCCAGGCUGGCCGGCGCUGGGGGGCAAGCACCCGUCAAACCCGUGGGCCUGGGGCCAGCGCCGCGGGUCUCCCCUGGCCCUGAUAGUGCCCAGCCUCAGUGCCCCGCCUGCCGGCAACCUGGCCUGUCUCCUCACAAACCACCCCAAACUCCAGAGGGUGGUCGGGCUCGGCCCCCAGCCAGGCUGCCCCUGCCCAGCGAGGAGGCUGGGGACUCAGGGAGACCACGUGAGGCUGCCCAGGAGACGGUGCCCGCCCACUCAGUGACCCCGGGACGUGACAUCAUCCUUCGGCCUUGUGCCCACUGGGAGCAGGAACAGCAGGGGAGUCCUCGGGGCCCACUGAGGCAGGCCAGGUGCUCCCCACCCCCUGUGUGCCCGCCGAUGGUCCCAACUCUGCUCCAGGUCCCUGGGUGGGGCCUGGACUCCCGGGGCCGGAAGCCCCAGCCAGCCUGGAAACUCUCCCCUCCCGGCGCUUCCCUCCUGGGGACCCCCGCGCCCCACCCCCAAGGCCGCCAGGCCCAGGCAGGUGCCCGGCCACCCUCUCCGCAGGCGGGUGGAUCGGGCCAGGCGCUCUGUCCCCUGGGACUCCUGCUGCCUCCGUGGCAGCUCCGAACACCACCCUCACCCCACGCGGGGCUCCAGGAUUCUGGGAGACAUGCUCCUGUUUCCAUGCUCGUCCUCCAGGGACUCAGCCCUCCACCCACCAUCCACCCGUCCACCCACUGCACCGCGUGCCCACCAGCCACUCCCGUCUCCUCACCUGCAGCAGCUGCCUGCACCGGCCCCCCCGCGCCCCCACCACGGCCUCACGGACCCACUGUGUCCCCCAGCCCCACACCCCUCCUCUGCCCGCCAUACCCCACCUCACCGCUGGACCCAGCACCCAUCGAGGGCUUCCCGGGGCCCUCGGCCCACCUGACAAACACCUGCUGA